AUGGAUAAUAGUGGUGAUUUUGCCGAGGUUACUGGAAAGGCUGGUCCCCCCGGUCCCAUCACCAACGAGACGUUGGUUCGCCCAGAUGGCACUCCCCUCCCAGGAAAGAGGGCUGUGGAGCACUUCCGCGGCGUGAAUGCAGAAGUGUGGAAGUACUUGCAGUCUCGCCACGGAGGAGGGCCCGAAAUCCUUCGAACUAAGCAGAUCAAGCUCUAUGUUGAGACUGCUACGCCCGCGCCGAACAUGUGGUCCAGCGGCCCUGCAAGUGCCUUUGCCAUGGUGAAAUCGUCCUUCACGGGCUCUCCGGCCAUUGCUCCGAUGUGUACUCCGGUAAAGAGCAAGCCCAUGGCACCGGCAGUGGCGCCGCCUUCGCAGGGCAAGGUGACCUGCGACAAGUGCGAUGGACCACAUGCCACGGAGAAUUGCCCGCAUUUCAAAAAGCCCCGUGAGAAGCAUCCGGAUGCCUGGUGCUUGAAGGGCAAGGCAAAGCUUGUCGGCGCGGCCGAGUCGGAGGCAAAGUUCGUUAGCCGCGCCCGCGUUGUUCGCCAGCCGGGGGAUGGCUCAUGCAUGUUCCACUCGGUGUCGUAUGGACUUGGCGACGGAAGCACAGCCGGGUCACUGCGUAAGAGCGUGGCGGACACCAUCGCCGCAUACCCCAACAUGCAAAUCCUGGAGACACCCAUAGCAGAGUGGAUCCGGAUGGAUGCCAACGUCGGUGUCAGCUCGUAUGUCCAAAGCCUCCGGGGCGGCGCCUGGGGUGGCGGAAUCGAGCUGGCCGUUCUUGCACAGAUGAAAAAGGUCAACAUUGAAGUCUAUGAAUCUCGCCGCGGAGGGUACGCCCGCAUUGCUCGAUUCGGCUCAGGUGGUCGUACCGUGCCGAUCCUGUACCAGGGUCGCUUGCACUAUGACGCGCUCGUGCUGAACUGA